AUGACCUUUCUCUUUCAUCCACAGAUGGUGCAUACAAUGAUGCCUAUAGCUCGGCCGAUUGCCCUGGCAAUGUCAGCUGUCCUUACGUUAGCCUACAUUGGCCUCGCUUUGGGAGUCCGGCCUGAAGGUGAAGAAACACAGUUUUAUCAGCAGCUGGUCUGCGAGCUAGCCCUCCUAAUAUCAGCCAGUGGCAUCGGUCUGUACUACCGAGCUUUAACAGAAAGAGCACAUAGGAACACUUUCGCUGGCACCAGGACUUGCCUGGAGCAGCGAGUGAAACUGGAGUGUGAGAGAGAGCAACAGGAACGAUUGCUCCUCUCUGUUAUACCUGCGUAUAUUGCUGCUGAGAGGUAUAUUUUCUCCUAUGUCGUGGGUGCGAUUACAAACAUCCAAGUUCAAAUACACAUGACACCCAGACCCGGAACAACAAUUUGUGAAUCACACAAAGAGUUGCUCCAUGCCCGGAGCGAACUCGCGAUACGUUGCGCGGCAGCCGGUUGCCCAGCCACCGCACCAACUGUGCAGUCGCAUUUGUAA